AUGGCACUGGUCUUCGCCUGCUUUGUCACCCUGCUGGCCGUGACCCAGUUCUCCACUGCGGACAGAUUCUUUCAUGAGAAGAGCUCUGCAACAAGGACCCUGACCGAAAGCUUCGUGCCGCAGCUGAGCGAGCCUUCCGCGGAGCUGCUUCUGGAGGAGGGCUGCGAAGUUCUGCAUGCCAGGGCCGCAGAGCCAGAGACAACGAUUCCGCCUGUCCCCAACGACCACCUGCUCGAGGUGCUGUUGCUGGUCCUGGCGGCUUUGGCAGUGCUGACCGGCGUAAACCUCCGAUUGCUGCAGAAGGCUGAGAACAGCCAGCCUGAGGCCUCUGACCUCCGAACGGUCCGGGAAGCCACCGACGCCUUCGGCUGCACGGCCCUCCACGUGGCCGCGGCCUCCGCGCGCGCCGUGGCGCCGGCGCACGCGGAGAAGCUGCUGCGGGCGGGCGCGGACCCCAACGCCCGGGAGGCCUGGGAGGAGACGCCUUUGCACAUGGCGGCGAGGCACGGGAACUUGGAGGUGGCUCAGGCGCUGCUCAAAUUCGGCGCACAGAUCAAUGCUCGGAACCUCGACGAGGUCACACCGCUGCUGGCAGCUGCACAAGAAGGGCAGCAGGAAGUUUGCAACUUUCUCCUGGAGAUGGGCGCCAACGCUGGAGGCCUCGAGGAGCAAAAGUUGCCGUGCCUGUUGCACGGGCUGCUGAUGCAACGGAUGGUGUGCAAGGACCCCAAAGCGCAGGUCUAUUGA